UUUUUCUGCGUUUCUCAAAAAUUUUACCCUUCACCUUCAUAUGCACGAUGCACCUUCUACUCCACACGAACACACAAUAAUGAACCAGGCAACCAUAAACAUUGGCACAAUAGGCCACGUAGCGCACGGCAAGUCAACGAUAGUACGAGCAAUAAGUGGCAUACACACCAUCAGGUUUCGUUCAGAAUUGGAACGAAAUAUCACCAUCAAGCUGGGCUAUGCAAACGCUAAAAUCUACAAGUGCGAUGUAUGUCCGCGACCGGACUGCUACAGCGCCAUGAACAGCUCAUCGCCUUUCUCAAUUUCGUGUCCGAACGACAGCUGCGAGGGCACGAGCACGUUGAUCAAGCAUGUUAGCUUUGUCGACUGCCCGGGACACGAUGUCCUUAUGGCUACGAUGCUCAACGGAACCGCAAUAAUGGAUGCUGCUCUGCUUCUUAUUGCUGCGAAUGAGCCUUGUCCCCAACCACAGACACAGGAACACCUCUUUGCAGUGGAAAUCAUGAAUCUAGAAAAGUUCAUAAUCGUGCAAAAUAAGAUAGACUUGGUGUCAAGGGAACAGGCACUGGAACAGAAGGACCAGAUAGUUGCGUUCAUAAAAAAUACAAAGGCUGAAAACUCGCCGAUUGUUCCGGCAUCGGGUCAGCUCAACAUCAAUGUAUGUGCCAUUCUCGAUUUUAUCGUUAAUUAUUUCCCUGAACCGGAAAGGAGCAAGGAACACGAUGUACGAAUGGUGAUCAUACGAUCCUUUGAUGUUAACAAACCGGGGUGCGGCAUAGAGGAGCUCAGGGGUGGCGUUAUCGGUGGGUCGCUCAUCAAGGGGGAACUGCACGUAGAUGAUGAAAUAGAGAUCAGACCGGGCAUAAUACACAGGAAGGGCAACAAGGUAGAGUGUAGGCCGUUCAUAACACGGGUGACAUCGCUUCAGGCAGAAAAGAACCUGCUCAGCACAGCACAACCCGGCGGUUUGAUUGGAGUGGGCACGCUGCUUGAUCCAUUCUUCUGCAGGGCUGACAAGCUUGUUGGCCAGGUGAUGGGUAGAAAAGGCGAACUGCCCGAUAUUUUUGUGGAAAUUUUGGUUUUUUACUCGCUGUUCCAGAAGAUUAGUGGCGUUGAUAAACGGACCGACAAGCGGAAUCUCAUCACGCUGAAUGAGCAGAUACUUGUUAAUAUAGGAAGUACAACCACAGGAUCGACAAUCAUAAAGCUAGAAAAUGACAAAGUGCGACUCAGCCUUGUUAAGCCGGCGUGCUGUGAGAAAGGAGAGAGAGUUUCUAUCUCUAAGAAGAUACACGGGCACUGGAGGCUUAUUGGCUACGGUGUUGUUUUGGAGGGGGUUACUGUCAUGCCGGUGUAUGGCAGCGAUUAAAAUGUUUAAACAAUCUGAUUUUUGAGAACAUUAUUGCCGUAGUAUGCACUCUGUCUUCACCUAAACAUUCCAUGGGAUGAAAAGAUAGGAUAAACUGCACCCUAUACGGGUUGAAACACUAUUAAACAUGCGUUUCUGG